AUGCCAAAGGAUGGGUGGAGCAAGGUAAACUUUGAUGGUGCUUCUGCAGGAAAUCCGGAUCAAAGUGGUAUUGGUUGUAUUCUGAGGGACUCUAAUGCUCUCUGUAUAAAAGAAAUCUCUAAAAAGAUUGGUGUGGCUACUAAUAAUGAAGCAGAAUUCAGAGCAGCUUUAAGAGGUCUUCAGUUAGGGAAGGAGCUAGGGGUGCAGAGAAUUCGUUUGGAAGGAGAGUUAUUAAAUGUUAUUAAUGCGAUCCACUGUAAUAGCAUCCCUACUUGGCGCCUUAACCAGUGGCUUCAACCAAUCCUGGCGCGGCUAGCUACCUUUGAUGAAUUUUGGGUUAGCCACAUCUACAGGGAAGCUAAUGGUGAAGCUGAUAGACUUUCUAAAUUAGCUAUAGCCGUGGAUGACCCCACUUGA